AUGUUCGCCAAAAUUGCCUAAAAGUUUAAAUCAUUGACAAUGAAAAGCUAAAUCAUUUUAUUUAAUAUGAUGACUCUUGUUGUUGUACUAUCAAUUGGUUGGAUUAAUUAUUACGUUUAAACAGAAAUAUUUUCAGUAAUUUCUUCAAGUUCAUUCUCUCAAAUACUUUAGGCAUAGGAUUAAGAUUAGAUUGGUUUUAUAGCUUAAAAUAUUGCAAUAAUUGUUGAAUUAAAAUUUAUAACAGGUUUCAAUAUAAUUUAACUUAUUAGUUCUCUAACAAAUAGAGUCAAUAAAAAGCUUUUAUAAUUUUUUCGAGAUAGAGAAACAAAAUAUAGAAAAUAAUUAAAAAUUGAAUCCUUGCAUAUCGGUACAUGAAUUUUUGAAUGAUAAGAAUCUACUUUCAACUCAAAGAUUUUGUUAUUUUGCCAUUGGAGUUUCUGACUAUAUUACUCUACCGUAAGAUGAAAAAGAACUCCUCAUUCUCAACGAUUUUAUUUCAUUUCUUAAUCACUAUAGCUUAGUAAUAAAUGUUCCAUUUACUGGCAAACUUCAAAUUGCAUCAAUUUCUCCAACAAAGUAUUUUGCUCAAUUUCCUUCAUCUCUUUUAAUACCUUCUUAUGAUAUAACAACGCGAUUUUGGUAAAUAAUUAAUAUAUUGAAGGUAUAAUAAUCACAUCAUUAAGACUGAAGCUGAUUCAAAUACUGGUUUUGUUUUCUCACCUCUUAAUGACGCCUUCGCAUCUCAAAUAAAAGAGAUGUCAAUUACAAAUUCAAUAUACAAAGCAGACAAAAUGAUUGGAAUAAUCAAAGAAGGAUUACUAGUAAAUAGCAAAUUGAUACCUACUAUUCCAUAUAAUGUUUUAUUACUAGAUAAAGAUGGCUUAGUAGUAUAUUUUAACAUGGAAUAAUUAAUCAAUAAAACGGAUUAUUUUUAUAUAUAUGAUGAAAAUAUUACUGGAUUUAAUUAAACUGAUUGGGAAGAAAUGAUUUAAUUUUCUAGUUAAAGAGACAAAGUAAUUUUGGUUUUAGAGAAUAAAUUAUAGAAAGAGAAAGUAAAUAUCUAUUCUCUCGAAGUCUUAAAGAAUAAUUUCACUCUGGUCGUGUAAUUAUUAUUAAUUAUUAAAGAUAUACUAAUAUUACUACUAAAAUAGAUAAUCAGAAUAAAUCAGAAGCAAUAAGGGAAAAAUCUUUCUUUAAUUUUUCAAUCUCACUUUUUAUCUAAAUAUUUUUAGGAUUUGCAGCCAUUACUCUUUAGAGUAUUGUGCUUUUAGUGGUUUUCAAGCCUUUAAGACAGUUUAAUUCUAUUAUUAAAUAAUAUAUAUUAUCACAAGGCAAUAACGUCAAUAGUGAAAUAUUUAAAAUAAUUAAUACAAAAUCUUAAGAGUAAAAUGCUCUGACUAAUUUACAAAAUAAACUUUUAAGUUUUUCAUAAAUCCNCGUUUAAACAGAAAUAUUUUCAGUAAUUUCUUCAAGUUCAUUCUCUCAAAUACUUUAGGCAUAGGAUUAAGAUUAGAUUGGUUUUAUAGCUUAAAAUAUUGCAAUAAUUGUUGAAUUAAAAUUUAUAACAGGUUUCAAUAUAAUUUAACUUAUUAGUUCUCUAACAAAUAGAGUCAAUAAAAAGCUUUUAUAAUUUUUUCGAGAUAGAGAAACAAAAUAUAGAAAAUAAUUAAAAAUUGAAUCCUUGCAUAUCGGUACAUGAAUUUUUGAAUGAUAAGAAUCUACUUUCAACUCAAAGAUUUUGUUAUUUUGCCAUUGGAGUUUCUGACUAUAUUACUCUACCGUAAGAUGAAAAAGAACUCCUCAUUCUCAACGAUUUUAUUUCAUUUCUUAAUCACUAUAGCUUAGUAAUAAAUGUUCCAUUUACUGGCAAACUUCAAAUUGCAUCAAUUUCUCCAACAAAGUAUUUUGCUCAAUUUCCUUCAUCUCUUUUAAUACCUUCUUAUGAUAUAACAACGCGAUUUUGGUAAAUAAUUAAUAUAUUGAAGGUAUAAUAAUCACAUCAUUAAGACUGAAGCUGAUUCAAAUACUGGUUUUGUUUUCUCACCUCUUAAUGACGCCUUCGCAUCUCAAAUAAAAGAGAUGUCAAUUACAAAUUCAAUAUACAAAGCAGACAAAAUGAUUGGAAUAAUCAAAGAAGGAUUACUAGUAAAUAGCAAAUUGAUACCUACUAUUCCAUAUAAUGUUUUAUUACUAGAUAAAGAUGGCUUAGUAGUAUAUUUUAACAUGGAAUAAUUAAUCAAUAAAACGGAUUAUUUUUAUAUAUAUGAUGAAAAUAUUACUGGAUUUAAUUAAACUGAUUGGGAAGAAAUGAUUUAAUUUUCUAGUUAAAGAGACAAAGUAAUUUUGGUUUUAGAGAAUAAAUUAUAGAAAGAGAAAGUAAAUAUCUAUUCUCUCGAAGUCUUAAAGAAUAAUUUCACUCUGGUCGUGUAAUUAUUAUUAAUUAUUAAAGAUAUACUAAUAUUACUACUAAAAUAGAUAAUCAGAAUAAAUCAGAAGCAAUAAGGGAAAAAUCUUUCUUUAAUUUUUCAAUCUCACUUUUUAUCUAAAUAUUUUUAGGAUUUGCAGCCAUUACUCUUUAGAGUAUUGUGCUUUUAGUGGUUUUCAAGCCUUUAAGACAGUUUAAUUCUAUUAUUAAAUAAUAUAUAUUAUCACAAGGCAAUAACGUCAAUAGUGAAAUAUUUAAAAUAAUUAAUACAAAAUCUUAAGAGUAAAAUGCUCUGACUAAUUUACAAAAUAAACUUUUAAGUUUUUCAUAAAUCCUAUCCGAAAGUUAAGGAAGAAAGUGUGAAAUGUGUAAAAUUUGGGAAGCCUUUUCAUAUGAUUAGAAUGAUCCUGAAUAAGAAUUUGAUGAGUUUAGAAAUUAAUUUUAAUUAAUAGAAAAUGGGAGGUAAGAAUUCGGCAAAUAAAUGUUAAAAAUAAUAAAACUAGGAAUACAUUGA